AUGGGCGGAUAUGCUGAGGAAGCUCGCCAUUUUUUGGUGGUAGGCGCUGUCGAUGAGGUUGAGCAUGUGUUUGAAGAAGCGCUCGAGGUCGGCAUCGAUGAAGACGUUCCAUGGCCGGCUGGAGAGACAGAGUUUACUGUUGGGGGACUGGCUGAGGUUGGAAAGAAUCUCGCAGAGCAUGAGGUGAUCACCAUCAAACUCAUCGACGCCGUCGAUGAAGAAACAGUGCCGGAUGUGGAGGUCUUGAUUCCGGCCGAGAUGGUGCAGGGCUUCAGAAAGUUCACGGGUUGUCCACUCGGUGCUCUGCUGCUCGGUCCGUUCGGGACAGGUCUGCCUCCAGCGAAGGGGACAAGCGGCGGGGAUGAGGCUGGGACAGGCGCAGAAGAUUUCGUAGAGGAGGAUUUUGAGGAGACCCUCGUGGGAUUUUUGCAUGUGCGUGCCGGCUGCCCAGAAUAGUGCCUUGUGGUCAGGAGCUUGAAUGGUUUGGCCCAUUCUUCGAGCAUGGUUUGGGUUGUUUCGUGGUCGGCGAGGAACUUCAUCAGGGUUGACUUGCCCGAACCGGCUUUGCCGGAGACCCAGAAGAUGCCGUCCCCGGUUUUGAGCCAGUUGAAGAAGCGGUGUUUGGCAGGGUCGUCAUCGACGUCAAUGUCCGGUGGUGGCGGUUCCAACAUCCAGCGAAACGUGUUUUUCGUAAGCUAGAGGGAUGUUAUCGUGGCGUACCGGCCGGGAGGAGAAGUUCAGGCUUCUGAGAACAGCCUGCUCCUUUGCGAGGGCUGCGAUGUCGUUUUUGGUCAGAUCAAGCUUCUUGAUUCCCCAUGACAAUCUCUCUAGUGAAGCCGGGGCCAAGAAUUCCUGCCUUGAGCCGUGGAAAAGCUUCUACAGUUCCGUGCCGAGGUUCCUGUUUGCUGAAGCUACCUCGGAUAGAGUUUUGGCGAUAGAGUCGAGUU